CACGGGGCACGGGGCUGGCAGUCCUGGCCGCGUCGCCGAAGGGGCCGCGGAGACAGCGCAGGGCUCGCGGCACGGCACUGGAAGCGCGGGGUGGAGUGGAAAGCGUGCUGGAAGCGCGCGAAGGCACAUCCAGAGGGUCUCGACAGGUUAGGUGGGACACUGUAAGGUAAACUUUGGAGCCCGGAGCCGCCAUGGAGUUCGACGAGGCCCUGGAGAGGGUGGGCACCUUCGGCCGCUUCCAGUGCCUCAACUACGCCCUGCUGCUGCUGCCCGUGGCGCACACCGCCAUCUACAUGAUGAACCACAUCUUCGCGUCCAGGGACCUGCCUUACAGGUGCUACGUGCCGGAGUGCGACGGCGCGCCCGGCGCCCAGGAGCUGGACCCGCCGUGGCUGGCGUGGGCCGUGCCGCCCAGCCAGGUGCAGCGGCCCUGGCCCUCCAACCACCGCCCCCCGGACACCUGCCUGCGCUACGCCGCGCAGAGGGGCGCCGUCGCCGACCCCGCCGGCCCGGGGUGCUGGCCGGAGACCUUCAUCACGACGCGCACCGAGACGUGCGACCGUUGGGUGUUCCCGCAGCACGACAAGACCCUCGUGUCGGAGUUCAACAUCACCUGUGCGGAGAACCGGUGGAAGUUGACGAUGGUCGGGUCCAUCAACUUCAUGGGCCAGCUGCUGGGAAUGCCGUUCGCCGGGGUGUUUUCGGACAGGUUCGGCCGCCGCGGGCUGCUGCUCCUCACAGUGCCGCUGUCCUGGGCGAGCGGUAUGGCGCGCUCCUUCGCGCCCAACUACACCGCGUUCCUGGUCUUCGAGAUGCUGGACGCCUUCUUCGCGGCGGGCAUCUACAGCGCCUGCUUCAUCCUGGGUGUCGAGCUGAUGGCUGGGCAGCAGCGCGUGGUGGGCAGCUCGCUGGUGGCCAGCUUCUACUCGCUGGGCUGCGCCUUCCUCGGCGCCGUGGCCUGGUGGCAGCCGGACUGGCGGUGGCUCACCCGGGUGGCCUACGUGCCGGCGGGGUUGUCCGUGGUGGCAGUGUGGCUGCUGCCCGAGUCCGUGCGCUGGCUGCUGUCGCGCAACCGCGUCGCGGACGCGCAGGCCGUCCUCAAGAGGGUGGCCGCCGUCAACGGCGUGCCCCUGUCCGCGCCGCUGCUGCUGCGUAGCUCCGACGCCCACGCAGGGGACGCGAGCUCCAUCGCCUCCACCGACACAGCGCCGCGACAAUCGACCGGGGGCACGUCUGAGUGGCCGGUGCUGCAGGUGAUCCGGUCCAGGCUGCUGCUGCGCCGGCUGUUCCUCACGGCCAUGCUGUGGGUGGUCAACUCGUUCGUGUACUUCGGGCUGGCGCUGCGCUCCGUCGCCCUGGCCGGCGACCUGCACCUCAACUUCAUCCUGGCCGCCCUCGUCGAGAUCCCCUCGUACGUGUUCGCGUGGUACCUGUCGGAGCGCUGGGGCCGCCGCGUCAGCGUCAGCGCGUCCCUGGCGCUCACGGGCGGCUCGCUGCUGGCCUUCCUCGUGCUGCCCUCCGGCCUGCUGCCCCUGCAGCUCAUCCUGUACCUGACCGGCAAGCUGGCCAUCACGGCCUCCUUCACGGUGCUCUUCGUCUUCACGGCCGAGCUGUUCCCCACCAACGCGCGCCACUCCAUGAUCGGCGUGUGCUCCACCAUCGGCCGCAUGGGGUCCACGCUGGCGCCGCAGACCCCUCUGCUGGAGGUGUUCUUCUGGGGCAUGCCCAUCUUGCUGUUCGGGCUGAUGAGCGUGGGCGGCGCCUUCCUGGCGCUGCUGCUGCCCGAGACGCUCAACAAGGCCCUGCCCGACAACGUGACGCAGGCCAAGGCGGUGGGCAGGGUACACCGCAAGCCGGCGCCCUCCGCGCCGUCGCCGAGGCUCUGCCACGUCAGCCUCUGAACCAGCCGCCCUGGCGUCCUGGCGCCGUCGUCCCGGUGCACGUCAAGGACGGCGACGGCGACAACCGGCCUUUCCCACCAGGGGAGAUGAUGGACUCGCCGCGGAACGCGUCCUGUCUCUGUCGCACUUGUGGGGCACUGCCUUGGAGUGCGAUAGACACAGAGCGACGAGCCGCAGACGCACAGUGGGCCAGAAGACGGGCGCCGGCGACCGAAACUCUAGACGCGUUUUGAGCUCCAGAGUCUCUAGGCAGGAGUCAAACCGAGUGUGUGAUCCCACCAAUGGAUUCCUCGUUCGGAGAGCAAUCCAUUGGUGGGGUCACGCGCUCGGUUCGAGUCCCAUUUAGCGACUGUGGAUCUCAAAACGCGUCCAGAGUUCUGGCCGCCGCGCCGGUCUUUGGGUCCACUGCUAGCCCACUGUGAGAUGGGCGCGAUAUGGGCGGCCCGGAAGUGGCCGCCGUGCACCGCCGCGGCGAGUCAGUGACCGCCACACUGGCAGUCCUGGGCAGUCCACUCCACUGCAGUCCACCCGCGGCGCCGCGGUGCGCCAUCCACUGUCUUGCCUUCUGGAAAAUAAAGAACUGCAACCCGACGCCCUUUGCUUUCGACUCGGCGCCUCGUGCACCACGAUCCUCGUGGAGACCCUCGUUGCCGCGACGCGCCUCGAAGCGGAAGCGCCUUGAGCUUCCGGCUUUCGGACACGGGUAGGUUAGGUUAGGUUAGGUACGUAGGUACGUCCGGUUCGGUGUUUGCUGUUCGGUUUGUUAUUUUUAGACUCCCUUUGUCGCGUUGAGCCGACGGCAUGGCCUGCGGCUGCGCGACCCGCUUAAGUCCAGUGGCACCCGGACCCGGGGUGCUGGGGCCCGAGCAGAUUCGAGGUGAACCUGUCGGCGUCCACCCGGGUGGCGUCUAGAAGAGCUCACCAUGCUCACUCACUCUCACUCACUCACUGAUUCCCAUCGUGCACAGGCAAACUAGUUGUUGCCAGUCUUACCCCCUACUUCAACAAACAAGCCAAAAAGUGACCCAGUGGCCUUUAAACACGUUUUACUUAAUUUAAUCAAAGUGACUCACUCACUCCUGCGGGUGAAUGAGGUGCGCUCUUUCAUCUCCUGCAGGUUAGGGAAUUAUUGUCAAAAGUUGGCAACAACUAGUCUACCUGUGCACGAUGUGAAUCGGUGAGUGAGUGAGAGUGAGUGAGCAUAGUGAGCUCUUCUAGACGCCACCCCGGAGCAUCUGGAACCGAGUCCCGUUUUGGGGGCAACACCACGGAACGUUCCAGAAGACCGAAAGAACAAAACCCCCCCUCCACCAGCAGUGAGCCUCAAAUCGAAGGACUUUGAUCAGAAUGCGACGAAACGCGUAAAAUGAAGAAGAGGAAUUC